CCCCGGGAGGCGGCAGCAGCGGCGGCGGAGCCAUGAGUGUCCGCGCGCGACUUUCUGGGGUCCGCGCUGGCGGCGGCAGGGGCGCGACGGGUUUCUGGAUGGACUCUAGUCUGCCGCUGCCGCCGCUCUCCUUCCUCUUUUUGUUCCUGGCGGCACCAGGCGCUUGGGCGGCGGGGUACCAGACAUGCCCCAAGGUGAUGCCGGACAUGCUCAAUGUGCACUUGGUGGCCCAUACUCAUGAUGACGUGGGAUGGCUCAAGACGGUGGACCAGUACUUUUAUGGAAUCCACAAUGACAUUCAGCAUGCUGGUGUGCAGUACAUCCUAGACUCAGUCAUCUCCGCUCUGCUAGCAGACCCUACCCGCCGGUUCAUCUAUGUGGAAAUUGCCUUCUUCUCCCGUUGGUGGCACCAGCAGACAAAUGCAACACAGGAAGUUGUGCGGGACUUGGUGCACCAGGGGCGCCUGGAGUUUGCCAAUGGUGGCUGGGUGAUGAACGAUGAAGCGGCCACCCACUAUGGAGCCAUCAUUGACCAGAUGACACUUGGGCUGCGCUUUCUGGAGAACACGUUUGGCAGUGAUGGGCGCCCUCGUGUCGCCUGGCAUAUUGACCCCUUCGGCCACUCUCGGGAGCAAGCCUCCCUGUUCGCACAGAUGGGCUUUGAUGGUUUCUUCUUUGGACGCUUGGACUAUCAAGACAAGAUUGUGCGGAAGGCAGAGCGGGAGAUGGAGCAUGUGUGGCGAGCCAGUGCCAGCUUGAAACCCCCUGCUGCCGACCUCUUCACGAGUGUGCUUCCCAACAUGUAUAACCCACCGGACGGUAUGUGCUGGGACACAGUGUGUGCUGAUAAGCCUGUGGUGGAGGACCCCCGCAGUCCUGAGUACAAUGCCGAGAAACUGGUCGCUUACUUCCUGCAGUUGGCUGCUGCCCAGGGCCACAGUUACCGAACCAACCACACAGUGAUGACCAUGGGCUCAGACUUCCAAUAUGAGAAUGCCAACAUGUGGUUCAAGAACCUUGACAAGCUCAUCCGGUUGGUCAAUGCCCAGCAGGCCAACGGGAGCCGUGUCAAUGUUCUCUACUCCACUCCUGCCUGUUACCUCUGGGAGCUGAACAAGGCCAACCUUACCUGGUCAUUGAAACAGGAUGAUUUCUUCCCUUAUGCGGACGGCCCGCACAAGUUUUGGACUGGCUACUUUUCCAGCCGGCCAGCCCUCAAACGCUAUGAGCGCCUCAGCUACAACUUCCUCCAGGUAUGCAAGCAGAUGGAGGCGCUGGUGGGUCCAGCGGCCAACGUUGGACCCUAUGGCUCUGGAGACAGUUCACCCCUCAAUGAGGCGAUGGCUGUGCUCCAACACCACGAUGCGGUCAGCGGCACCUCCCAACAGCACGUGGCGAACGACUACGCACGUCAGCUGGCUGAGGGCUGGGGGCCCUGUGAGGUUUUGCUGAGCAAUGCGCUUGCGCGGCUCAGUGGCUCCAAGAAGGACUUCAUUUUCUGCCGAGAACUCAAUGUCAGCGUCUGUCCAUUCUCCCAGAAGGCCAAGAGUUUCCAGGUCAUCAUUUAUAACCCCCUGGGACGGAAAGUGGAUCACGUGGUGCGGAUACCAGUCAGCAAACACGUUUUCAUUGUGAAGGAUCCCAAAGAUGCAGUUGUGUCCAGUGAUGUGGUGACACUUUCCAGCUCUGACAGUCAAGAGCUGCUUUUCUCAGCCUCAGUGCCUGCCCUGGGCUUCAGCAUCUACUCAGUAACUGAGGUGCCUGACCAGCUCCCAAGGACCCACACCUUGCAGCCCAAAUUCCACAAGCCCUUGUCUACCAUCUUGACCAUCCAAAAUGAGUACUUGCAGGCUAGGUUUGAUCCUGAGACGGGGUUCUUGAUGGAGAUACGUAAUCUGGAACGGAACCUGCUGUUGCCUGUUCGUCAGGCCUUCUUCUGGUACAAUGCCAGCGUAGGCAAUAACCUGAGCAGCCAGGUCUCAGGUGCCUACAUCUUCAGACCCUACCGACAGGAACCACUGCCUGUGCGCCGCUGGGUUCAAACCCGCCUGGUGAAGACAGCCUUGGUGCAGGAGGUGCAUCAGAACUUCUCAGCCUGGUGUUCCCAGGUGAUUCGCCUGUACCCGGGACAACGGCACCUGGAGCUUGAGUGGACAGUGGGACCAAUACCUGUGGGUGACAGCUGGGGAAAGGAGAUCAUUAGUCGCUUUGACACUGCACUGGAGACAAAAGGACUCUUCUACACAGACAGCAAUGGUCGGGAGAUCCUGGAGAGGAGGCGGGAUUACCGGCCCACCUGGAAGCUGAACCAGACUGAGCCAGUGGCAGGAAACUACUAUCCAGUCAACAGCCGAAUUUAUAUCAAGGAUAGUGAGAUGCAGUUGACUGUGCUGACUGACCGUUCCCAGGGAGGCAGCAGUCUGAGAGAUGGCUCCAUAGAGCUCAUGGUACACCGUAGGCUGCUUAAGGAUGAUGGACGUGGAGUAGGGGAGCCGCUACUGGAGGAAGGAUCUGGCCGCUGGGUGCGAGGGCGCCACCUGGUGCUGCUGGAUGAGGUCAAGACAGCAGCCGCUGGGCACAGGUUGCUGGCAGAGAAGGAAGUCCUGGCCCCGCAGGUGGUGCUGGCCUCUGGUGGUGGUGCCCCCUACCACAAUAAGAUCACACCAGUUAAGCAGUUCUCAGGGCUGCAAUGGGAGCUGCCACCCUCGGUGCACCUGCUCACUCUGGCCUGCUGGGGCCCGGAAAUGCUGCUCCUGCGCCUGGAGCAUCAGUUUGCAGUAGGGGAGGACUCCGGCCGCAACCUGAGCUCCCCAGUGACCUUGGACUUGAGGGACCUGUUCUCCACCUUCACCAUCACUCACCUGCGGGAGACUACGCUGGCGGCCAACCAGCUCCGCGCCAGCGCUACAAGGCUCCAAUGGACUUCAGACAUGGAUGCAGGACCUGCACCCCAUCCCUCUGGCUCUCAGCAGGACCCUACCAUCAUCACGUUGCAGCCUAUGGAAAUCCGUACCUUCCUGGUCUCAGUCCAGUGGAAAAGGGUGACUAGGCCUACUGGGGGCCUACGCCCCCAUCCUUUACCUGCUGCUGCUGCCGCCACGAACAAAAGCCAUUAAAGUGCCACUACCAAGACUUGGCUCAAGGUGUGACUGGAUUUUUUGGGGGAGAG